AUGACUCCUAAGCAAAAAAGAGGCACCGCGUCUCAUAAAGAUGUUGUCGAACAAGAUGAUCGUUUGCAAGCUGUUGUGCUAACUGACUCAUUUGAAACUAGAUUCAUGCCUUUAUCUGCAGUUAAGCCAAGAUGUUUAUUACCUCUAGCAAAUAUUCCUUUGAUUGAGUAUACAUUGGAGUUCUUGGCUAAGGCCGACGUAAAAGAAGUAUAUUUGGUUUGUUCGUCUCAUGCUGAUCAAAUUAAUGAAUAUAUUGAAAAUUCUAAAUGGAACCUACCCUGGUCUCCUUUCAAAGUAUCCACUAUUAUCUCCCCAGAAUCACGUUCUGUUGGUGAUGUCAUGAGAGAUAUCGAUAACAGAGGUGUCAUCAAUGGUGAUUUUGUUUUGAUUAGUGGUGAUGUCAUCUCGAAUGUUCAAUUUGAUAAGAUGUUAGACUUCCACAAGAAGACACACGCUAAAGAUAAAGAUCAUAUUUUGACUAUGUGUCUAAGUAAAGCUAUUCAACAUUACAAGACUAGAUCUAUUGAACCAGCUACGUUUAUUUUAGACAAAUCCAAUAGUAGAUGCAUAUAUUACGAAAAUAUUGAUAAACCACAUUCAAAAAUUAAAUCAGCAUUAUCAAUUGAUCCUGAAUUGUUAGAGGAUGUGAAAGAAUUUUCUUUGAGAAAUGAUUUAAUCGAUUGUCGUAUAGAUAUUUGUUCUGCACAAGUUCCUCCUUUAUUUCAAGAUAACUUUGAUUAUCAAACUUUAAGAGAAGAUUUUGUUAAAGGUGUUGUCUCUAGUGAUUUACUGAAGAAAGGUGUUUAUGCGUAUAUAACAGAUGAAUAUGGCUCCAGAGUUGAUAGCUGGCAAGCGUAUGAUGAAAUAUCUCAAGAUUUCUUAGGAAGAUGGGUUUAUCCUGUUGUUCUAGAAGCAAACCCACUUGAAGAGAACACAUAUUCUUACGAAUCCCCCCAUAUAUAUAAAGAGAAAGACGUCGUCCUAGCGGAAUCUUGCAAAAUUGGUAAAUGCACCGCUAUUGGUUCAGGUACCAAGAUUGGCGAAGGUACAUUCAUCCAAGAUUGUGUAAUUGGGAAGAACUGUUCUAUUGGUAAAAAUAUCAAAAUUUCAAACAGUUAUAUUUGGGAUAAUACAGUCAUUGGUGAUCAUUCUGUUAUCACUCACUCUAUUGUUGCAUCCGAUGUUGAACUAGGUUCUAAAGUUAUUUUGAAUGAUGGCUGUGUCAUUGGUUUCGAUGUUAAGAUUGACAGUGGCAUGAUUUUACCUCAAGGAUCUAGGAUAUCAUCAAGUCCAAUUGAAACUGAUGUUCCAAGUGUUUUUGAAGAGAGUUUAUCAGCUGAUAGUAACAGUUCAGGUGAAGAAAAAGCUUCGUUUGCUGUAAACAAAAAAAAUAGAGAUAUAAUUGCCAUUGAACUAGUUGGUCCAAAUGGUAUUGGUUACGUAUAUGAAAGUGAUUAUUCUGAUGAUGAUGAUGAUAGUUCUAUAAGCAACCACGUUUCAAACACAUUGGUUCAUCAUGUUGAAGAACUGUACUUAAGUGAUGACUCUAUCAGAUCUACUUCUGCUAGAACUAAGAAAAAGAGAACUAUGUCUUCAGGUAGUAUGUACACAGACAGAGAAGAUUAUGAAACUGAAUUCGAAGAUGAAGAGGAUUUCGAAAAGGAAGGUAUUGCCACCGUCGAAAGAGCUAUUGAAAACAAUCACGAUCUUGAUACUGCCAUGUUAGAAUUGAACACAUUACGAAUGAGUAUGAAUGUUACUUACCAUGAAGUUAGAACCGUUACUAUUAAGUCAAUUUUAAGAAGAAUCAAUCACUUUAUAUUUACACAAACACUAGGUGCCAAAGAAGCUGUGUCCAAAGUAUUUAGCCAAUGGAGUGCUUUGUUUAAGAGACAAUGUUUUGACCCUGAGGAUUACAUUGAUCUAAUAAAUAUAGUUAUGGAAGAAAUAAUGAAAAUUGAUUUUGACAAGCCAAAUUUAAUUUUGUUUGCAUCAUUGAAUUCAUUGUAUGAGAAUGAUAUACUUGAAGAAUCAUCAAUUUACUCUUGGUGGGAUACAAUUUCCGAGGAUCCAUCCUACUCUAACGUUGUCAGUUUAACCUCCAAGUGGGUUGAAUGGUUAAAGACAGCUGACGAAGAAUCCUCAGAAGAGGACGAUGACGAAUAA